AUGGUAAUGGCCAACAAGCGGGUGGUGGUGGUGGUGGUAACCACGGAGAAACCGCGGGCGCGGGGCAAGAAGGUGAUGAAGAAGCGGCAUAAGCCGCGUCGACCAUUAGAGCGUGUGGCUGGUGGAGUCAACGAGCGUUUUCGCAGCAGUGUGGAUAGCGAUAGUUCUACUGAGGACAGUACUUUGCAGCCCACUGCGGCAAGUUCGGCGUCUGAAGUGUCGUCUGGGGAUGACGACUGUCGGGAUAUUAUGUCGGACUCUGAUAUCUCGAGUGACGAGAACAUAACAUGGCCCACUAUGGGUUAUCGUCCGUUGACCAGUGUCUCUGAGGCGUCCGAUUCCAACGGCUCGGAAGGAUGCAAGUGA